GAGAAGAAAGACGUCUGUCUUGAUGCGGUCACGCACUGCGUCUUCAUGCGCAUGCAAAUACUGUUUUGACUCGUAAAGAUGGACCCCGGUUUGACGGACCUCCUGAGUGAUGCAUUUUCAGUAACAUCAUUCCCUGACGGGGACUUUGAGACUUUGAAGCUGGAUGAAAGUGAUGGAGGAGAGCCGGAAGAGACAGGCCAGGAAGCAAUUUAUGACACAAGAAAUGUGUCUGUUGAGGACAUUCCACACACACAUGAAGAUGUAAAUGUUCAGACCCAUGAAGACCGCUUGCAUGGAACACCUGAGGACAUCCGCAGGAACCCGGAAGAGGAAUAUGAUGACUCGGCAGAGGAGGAGAAAGGAAUGGCAGAUUUCUUAUCAGUUCAUGAUGUCUCCUGUAGCCCAGAAAAUAGGGAGGAGUUUGGUAAGGGGCAAGGUCUAAUCCUGGACAACCUUCAAGAUGAAGAUGUGAGUGAGGAUUUUGUGACUAUUCCUAAAAGUGAUGAAGGAAAUGAGAAGAAAGAAGAAAAGACGCAAGUGGACUCAUUUCAUACAAAGGUUGAGGUAAAGGAAAAUGUGGAAGAACUAAUAGCUGAUGUCCACGAGAUGAAAGAUUUCUCAGGUGAGGAGCACCAAGAGGCAGGAGAAAGUUAUGCAGAUUAUCCCUCAGAUUUCUCUUCCUGUGAAUAUGUGGAACAUGAAGCAGAAAGAUGUUUCCAGGGGAGCACUGACGACAUCGCGUCAAAAAUACCCGAAAGAGCAGAAGAUCCUGAAAUGUUAGACCUGAACGUCCCUCCACACCUUGGGAAUGAGGUCACCAUGUUGGCUCAAUGUGAAGACGUUAAAAUCUCUGACCGGGGAUCCUUGGAUGACGGCUUCGUCAUCACCACUCAAGCUUUGAGCUUUCCAGAAACAUCAGUGGAGCAGGAGAGCAGCUGCGAAGAAGAGCAGGAAACAAUCAAGGCCUUUUUCAGGUUUUAUAACGACAGCGACAGAGAGCAUGACAGAGAAGGAAGGGAGACCAAAGUUCAGUUUUGCACAAAACCAGUGUCUGGAGUCUGCCAAUAUGACAGCAGUGAGUCCCUCAGCAGCUCAGAGGAGGAGCAAGGCCUGAAAACGGUAGAAGAACCGGAAGAAUGGAUGGAGCGACCAAAAAGUCUGCAGAUUAAAAGAGAUUCUCCAUCAGGCGCUUUAAAACAUGAGACAAACAUCAACAACACUCAGUUGUGCAACAGCAGACAUGAGUAUCCAAGAUUGCUGAAGCUAAUGCUGAUGACAAGUCUGGUGACUCUAAUAGGCCUGCUGAUGUUUUGGUUGGCUGUACACCAAAUGGACUGGCUUGCUUUAUGUGUCUUCUUUUAGGGUGGAAGCGGUGUAUUUUUAUUAUUUUUAUUUUUUUUAUGGCUACACUUUGAGUGCAUUGAUGUGUGAAACUAUAGCUUGAUAAUUAUGUUGUGUCCUUGUGCUGUAAUAUCUAUUUGUUACAAAACAAAACUAUAUGGCUGUAAGAUAAUGUUUGCAUAUGUACAACUUUAAUUUGCAUUUUAAUGUAAAAUUGCAGAAUAGUAGCUUUAAGCCCGCAGACUGCAGUGUUAACUCAUAACAUAUUAAGUGAUUUUUAUUGCUUGUCAUCAAUGGUGCAAAGUUAGAUGAACAAUUCAUAUCAGUAAGCAAAGGCCAUAUUAAAGAUGUAUUGUGCAAAUUUGUUUAACCCUUAUAGUAUAUUGAGACUUUUUCAUCUUUCAGGCAAAUUGCUCUAUUUUUGGCCAUAACUUUGGUUGUGUUACUCUGAAUAUACUUUUUUUUUUCCCCCUAGGAAAAAUUGUUUUCAUGUUCAAUUUUAAUAUUUUUGUUUCAAAUUCUUUCAUAUUUCAAUGAUACACUGAGGAAUUAUUUUAGAUCAGAACAAAAAAGUCCUCCUGGAGUCAGGUGUGUAUAAAUAAAUGGUGUAUUCAUAUUUUUUUCCCCAUUUUUCCUCCAAAAUAAA